GACAAGGUGACUCACACAACACUGCACUUCGUUGUGAGUAAAACGCUCGCCACAGCGCUUGGUUUCCGCUCCAGCUGCAAUCCGUGAGAUACAUGUACGCCAAGUAUGUGGCGCGUGAGUACUAGACGCACACUCAUUCGCUGCUAACUCGCAGCCAACUGGCUACUCUUCUGUGUGCUGUGGCGAUUACUCGGUUUAGUUGUCAAACUGCAGUUCAACCACGAGCAACAUUGGAGACGUGUUUCGGAACGUGUGUUUUGUGAUUUAAAUUGAAUUGGAAAUAAUUCAAGUCAACUCUCGUGUGACAUUUUUUUUCGGUCGGUCGGUCGCGCAGAAGCACCGAACAACGGUGUUUCAACUCCAUUUGUGUCCUCAGAUUGUUGCGAUUUUUAUUAUAAGUCGAUAGUAAUUCACGCUUACGUGUAUACGUGACGUGUUGUUAUUUCGUUGUCGUCGUCGUCAACGUCAACGUCUUCUCGCAGUCUUCGUUGUCUUUAUAUAUUAAUUUUUAUUGUGCUGUCAACCGCGCGCUAACGUUAUUGUGCGCUUGUGUUGUUGUUUUUGUUUUGCAUUUUAUUUUCAACAACAGUAUGUGGUUUGGUGCCAGUUACUGUUAAUUCGCUACGCUGCGUUGGCAUUUUUGCCAAGUUUAUGGUGUGCUAUCAACUAGAAAGUGCGCAAAAAGAGGAGCAUAACAACAACAACAACAACAAAAUUUGCACAUUCAAAAUGAAUAAGGUGAAAAAUGAGUGUGUUUGUGUGCGCGUAGAAUUGAGCAAAUAGUCAAACAACAACAACAACAACAGUUAUAAAAUAACAAUAUAAUUUUGCUUUGGCAUGAAUUGAAACAAAUCAAAUCUGAAGUGUGUGUGUGUGCCUUGCCUUGCGUGACGUCACAUCCUCUCUGUUUAUUUUCGCUUAUUUUUCACUCGUUGCAAUUGCGCGAAAUUAACGAGUGUCUAUCUACGGCUGUCUGUCCGUCACUACGAAUGUCCCUGCUACAGCACAUUUGGGUGAUUGUCAAUAAACAAACAAACAACAACAACAACGCAUGUCUAUAAAUGCAACACAUGUUUGAGCGCUGGUGAAACUUGACUUUGCCUGUGCGUGUGUCUGUCUAGGGCGGUGAUCGUCGACGGGAUCGGCGGUUAUAUCGCUACCCCCUGCAGGCAGCAUUGAAUUACGAGUAAAAUUUGUUUUUUAUCUUUUUCUUGCGCUUCUCAACAUUGAAAUGACUUUAGCGCUUGUGUGUUUGCGAGCAUUUAAUUGAAAAAUUCAAAUGUACCCAAGGCAAAUAUACAUACAUACAUACGUGUAGUUGUAAAAAAUUGCAAUAAAAAAUAGUAAAUAAGAGAAGUGCAAAUCAAUCAGUGGCAGAAAAGUGAAAUUUAUCACGCCAAACGUCAGCUGAUGCGUGAAAAAGUGAAAAUAUGCACAUACGUGUAAGCCGGCACGUUGUUGUUGUUGCUGCAUACGAAUUUGCAUAAGUGUGUCGCGUAAAAUGCAAAACUAACGCAACGGAGUACAACAACAAGAGAAAUAAAUACAAUUCAAUAUUGGCAAUUUUGCGCUAUUUGUGUCAGUUAUUAAGCGCAUUGGCUACUGAAAACAGCCUGCUACAACAAAAACAAUAAUAUGUGUGUUUAUUGUUAUUCCAACAAACACUUAUUACUCUUACUAUUUGUCAAUUUAAUGUCGUAAAAGCUCCGUGUGUACAACUUCAACUUAACUGUGCAUUUCGGUGUUUCAAUUUCGCUUUUUAUUUAUCACAUAAACGUUAAGACACUGCGACGUGUUCAUCUUCCAAAACAACAAUCACAAUAACAACAGCGUAGAGCAGUGAAUACGAUCUCUAGCUUCAUUGCCAACACAUCAUUUGCAUCAUCAGCAUCAACGCUAUCAGCAUUGCCAUCAACUGUUGUAAUCAUACUAAAUAAUGUUCAAGUAGCUGAUUGUUGGAUUUAUUGUUACUACAUGCAACGACAGCAAUCAACAGUGUUGGCAGCGCCAUGCAUGCAAAUUUUAAUUAAAUGAAUAACGACUCCUAUGACCUUGCGCUUUGCCCCACGAACAAUAGCGGCUUUGCAGCAACAACCGCAAUUAUUAGCGCCAUGGACUGUCUGCCCAUUAUGAAUGGCGGCAGUAGUAGUAACAGCAGUGGCAUCGGCACACUGGGCCUUGGCGGUGCACAUCAUCACAUCAUGUCUAACGGCACUAGCACCGCAGCAGCGGCCGGCAUAAUGAGCGGCAGCACACCGACAGUCACCGCCGUUGUCGGUUCAUAUCAGCAACAACUGGCGAACUUGCACGCGCAUCACCCGCAUCUGAAUCUGGUCGGUCAUCAUGCCGUAACACCGUACAGCAACAAUUAUCCGCUGCAUCAUAGCAGCAGCCAUCAUCACAUACAGAGCGAGCAGACCAAGUCGCUGCAGGAGUUGCAGCAUGAAGUUGGUGCGCUUUUGGAAUUUCGCGAUCUGGUCAUCGAAACGUUUCCAGAUCUCAAGCAUAAAAUGGCAUCUAUGUCAUCGGCGACAGCAUCGUCCACGACAAACGCGACCGGUGGCGCUGUGUUAAGCAGCGCCUCGGGGACGGGCGUACACACACUCGCCGGUGGUAGUAGCAGCGGCGGUAUGUCGAAUUCGUCGUUAGUAUCGAGACGCGAGUGGGAGCCUGGCAUACGUUUGAAGCGCAAAGUUUCGCACAAAGAACCGUCCAUAGCGACAGCCAACGCAGCCACGGCUGCGGGCGUCGCAGCCGGCGAAUUAUCCUCAUCGUCGCUGACGCGUAGCCGCAGUAACUCACAUAGCGGCAAAAAAGAGCCAAAGAGCGGAGAGAAUAACAACGGCAGUGUUGUGCAGGAUUCCGGUUUCUCCACGGAGACGAGUUCAUCAAAGGAGGGACAUAGUGCUUCGUCCACAAAUGGUGCUAUGACGGGUCCCGCCGCACUGAACCGCCUCUCCUGCCACGAAUCCGACGACGAGCUACUCAAUUUGCUCGAUGUCAUACAUCGCAAGUCGAAUCGUUUACGCGAAGAAAUGGAUCAGCUGCAGCAGUAUGAGCGCCAGAAUUUGCGUGGCGGUAGCACACUCAGCACCAACAACAAUAAUAAUCCAGCGGAUGAGUCGACAACAACAGUGGUUGCAGCGAGUGAAUUGGCUAUACAUGCAGCGCGCAGUACGUCGGUAUUGGCAAAGUCUAGCAGUAGCGGCAGCAGUAAUAUUACUGUAAAUUGUGCCGGUCUCACACCGAAAACCUUCCGCGAACAUGUCGAACGCCUCAACAAGGAGGAUAUCAAGCAAUUGCGUAAAGAGCGUGAUCGCCUGCUCGAUAAGCUGGCCGAAAUGGAGGCGGAAACCUUGACCGGACGCAUUAAGGCGGCCAAAAUGAAUGAUCAAGUGGAGGAGUUGAUCAGCGUGAAAAAAGAUCUCGAGGAGCAGUUGAAGUUGGCGAUGGCGCAGAAGCUUGAUUUGAGCGCACGCGUGCAGCAAUUACAGCUGCAGCAACAGCAACAGCCACAGCAGUUCCAGAGCAAGAGUUCUUCAAGUCAAUCUGAUUAUUCGAGUCAACGCAACUUCUUAUCCUCCGCCACUACGGUGCUCUCCACUGGCAGCGCUGCUUCAGCACAGCUUUUAGAUGUUGGCGCCGCUGCCGUCACCAACACUAGCACACUGACGAGCGCACAAAGUCGGCGUCAACAUACAUUCCAGCCAGUGGUGGUGCUCGAGCAGCAGCAAUCAAACCAACGUACGCAACAUGCAACUCCGCCCGAGGAGGUACACAAUGCAUUCCAUCAAAGCGCAAGCAGUGAUAGUAAAAAGCAGCUAACCGAGCAGAGUGAGCAGCAGCAGCUGGGUCGUCUAGAUGGCGUGGUGAGCACACCGGGCGGGCGGUUUAGCAAAUGUCGUCUCAUCGAUUCGAAGCGCUUUGCCGCUAUACUCUUGGAAACGAGCGUGGUCGAGCUGCAAAGGCAUCUGCUGACACUCACUGUGCAGAAUCAGGUACUGAUGCAAAAACUGGACUCAGCUACCAAGUCAAAAACACAUUUAGCCAAAAGACUGGAUAAAUCCAAGGAUGAUGUUGAGGAUCUGCGUUUUCAGUUGGAGGAGAAGAACAUCGAGUUGGAGGGCACUAAGGCGCAAUUGCGCGUACUCGAAUCACGCAUACACUCUGUAACGCCCAAUAGCGGUGCGGCAACUAAUUCCUACUCGCACUCGCAAAAUGACUACGAAACCAAUCGUUCGUCAGCCUCCACCACACUGAUGUUGAGUAGGCGUGGCAUCGGCAGUGGCGCUAGUGAUACACUACACUACAGUGACUUGCGUUCGGCCACACCAAUUUCCACGACGACAACAGUCGGCCAAAUGCCUGCACCACAAGUCACGCAAAUAUCUACGCCCAGCAUGAAGGCAAUGGUACAUCUGCCGAUGGAUGAAUUACAACAGCAUAGCAGUAGCACCGAAUCGGCACAUGAUCAUGAGUUGCAAGAGAAUAGCGACACACAGACGGCGGUGAGCAGACUGAUGAGCGCAAGCGUGGGUGGCAUAAGUCCGUUUGAGAGCGCGACGCGCGCUAAGAAAGUUAGUACUGGCAGUAGACCCAGCAAGAUACCAUUGCCGGGCAGCAAGGCGGCAGCCUAUUUUGCCGGCAAACCACCUAGUGGACGUCCAUCUACCGCUGGUCGCUCACCACCUUCCACUCACACAUACGCCACCUCGAACUCGUCGAGCAAGUCGUCACUGUGUCGCAGCACCGGCAAUCUGUUGUACAGCAAAUCGCCGAACAGUCUGAAACGCGCCGACUCCGCACAAAGUAUACGCAAAGAUAACUCAUCGUUGAGCACCAAUACGAGUCGCAGCUCUACAUCUUCUUCCAUACCGUUGGCGACGCAUCACCUGUCAAAUGCUACCUCGAAGUCGCCGAUUGGUGCAAACGCCGUCGCCACCGCGACAGCAACUCCGUCCCCGAGAGUUUUACAAAACUCUCCACUACCGAAGCUAAAGCGCGAAUCGCUCACCUCGCGUGUACGCCAUUUGGAUUCAUUGUCGCGUGUACAUCAGCACAAUCACCAUUCGAACACCAGUAAUGGCGGUGGUAAUGGUGGUGGCAGUGAUGUCUCCUGCACAUCGCCGCCAGUCUCGGCAUACACGACGGCGCACAACAACCAUAAUUUCAACACUUCGACGCUCUUAACGUCCAGUUCGCCAACGGCGCUGUCCACCAGUUCGGCGAGCAGCUACAUUGUGAGCAGCACGCCAAAGCCCAGCGCCAUAGCGGCGCAUAUAAAUGCAACGCUGCGCAAAGACACACAGUUGAAUACAAGCAAUUAUGGUGCACAACAGUUUUUGAGACGUGCCACCGGUGGCAAUGUCGCCGCCGCCGCCGCCAACAGUACAGCUGGCUCUGGUCAAAGUGUGGUGAAUAGCAGUGCGACUGCGCGUCGCUUCAGCAGCGCCUCAGUGGUGGGUGCGCGCAUAGCGAGCCGUAGUCAAUCGCAAGAUGCCGGCAGUGGGGAGCAGCAGCAGCAGCAACAACAACAACAGCAGAGCGAUAGCGACAGUGGAAAGCAUUCGCUACUCUAUGAACUGCUGCCAGCCUAUAAACCGUAUGAGAACUCGAGCGCAAACGCCGCAACGGUACAGAAUUGGCGACAACAACAAUGGCAACAGGUGCUGACACAAGCGCUGAACAAUCAUAGCGUCGAUUGCGUGGGCUACGAUGUGACCAAUGGCGGCCAAAGCUUCGGCGGAAGCGCGCUCUCGCCCACCAGCUACGCGACACGCAUGCUGCCACGCCAGCUGAGCGCCAAUUUGCAGUUGAAGAGCAAAAGUAAGGAUAAUUAUAAUUUUGUGCGCGCCUAUGAGUUGGAGGAGCAAACGAAAUUGCAACAACAGCAAGUGCGGAAGCUGAAUUCACUGCUGCCGGAGGUCAGCAUACCCAGCUACGAUUACUACUACUCGAAUGAAUCGCUGCGCAGUUCGGAUCGCGGCAGCGAUAAUUUGCUGGUGACCUUCGAUUAUGGCUAUAGUGACUCGUUGCUCGAGGCGCCUAGCGAUAGUGAUGAUUUCAGCAUUGAGAAGAAGCAAUCGCGCAUGGCUUUGGCCGAACUGCGUGCGGUCUAUCCCAUCAAGGAGGAGUUGGAGAGCCUGCCAUUGAGUGAACAACUGAAUUUGUGGCAGCGCAAACCGGCGGCUGCUGUCAAUUGUUUGGAUAAAUAUGCGGAUGAUGAUUACAGCGAUAGCUGGGAGCAGAAAGAGGAGGACGAAGAGGCGCAUGAGAAAGAAAUUUGGUUCAAUACCGCAUUGACGCGCAGUCAGCAGGCGGAGCGCAAUAAUGCUCACUUGAACUCGGAUGCCGCAUUCAAAGUGCAUCACAUGCAACAUGCGCAUGUGGCGGUCGAUGAUGAUGCUCUUGAGGAGUACGAUGUUGAUGAGGAUGAGGAAGAGGAGGUAGCGCAGAGUCUCGAUUUCUCAUUAGAUGAGCGCGGUAUUGCGAGUAGUCGCAGCGCUGGUAGCGCUAAUAGUUUCUACUAUCGUCAGCUGGCGUUGGAUCUGUGGGGCAAGGAGACGCUUGUCGAUGAUGCGCCAGUUGCACAGGAGGAUUGUGAAAAUGCAGCGGUAGUUGGUAGAGACGGCGUGGAGGAAGAGGAAUUUUUUGAUAGCCUGAAUUGAGCGGCGUGUUUUGCACUUAUUAUUAUAAUAUAUAUUAUAUUAUUCAAGCUUAUCUAAUUUUUUCGUUUAAAUAUUUUAUGUGUUUCGUAAGAGACAGAUUUCAUAUACAUAUAUUUAUUAUAUUAUUUUUUCUGUAGUAAAAUUUUUUUAUCUUAAUUUUUUUGGUUUUCAAAUGUUGUUGCACAUUUGUGUGUAGUGAAGUAUGUGUGUAUAGUCUUAUAUAACAAUACAUAUUUUUAUAAAUAUAAUAUAAAUAUUAUAUUGCGCAACAUUUAGUUCAUAUAUUACAAAAUAUGCACAUUUAAUUCUUAACCACACAAUUAUUUCGUAAAAAACUACAAAAUUCAAUUAGCAAAAGAUCUAAAUAUUUACAUUUUUUCAUAAAUUCUAAUUUAAUUUAAUUUAAAAAUUGAAACAAAAAUUGUUUAAAUUAACAUGUUUUUGUUAAACAAUAUUUAAAUGUCUGUAAAUUUUAUUUAUUUUCUUGUGUUUUGCAUAAUUUUGUAUUUUUUCGCUUUUAAAUAAUAUAUUAUUUAUAUUUCCACAUCUAUUCAAUAUCUAAACCUUUAUACUAACUCAACACUUUCACUUAUGGGUAUAUAUAUGUAUGUAUGACACCCUGUAAUUUAUAUUUGUCUAUAUUUCUUUUAAAAAUAAUACUUAAGUUUUCUUAAGAAAUACAUUUACGUAAAUGUAGAUUCUUUUGAGCGUUUCAAAACUGCAUUUUUGUUUAAAAAAUUCGUUAAAGUGCCGAAAAAAUAUAAAAACAAAGUACUUUAAUUAAUUUAUACUAAAUUUAGUAUAUUAUGUUUAUUAUAAAAGGUGUUACAAAUGUGUGGUUUAAUGGAAAAGUGGCUUAAGUAGAGUUAAGCGAAAAAUUUAACAACUCAUUGGAAUAUGUUAAAGUGUUUAAGGGGCUAGGGGUAGUCAGAGACACGAAAAAAUGAGAGUUUUCAGUAAUUUUUUUUCGCUAUUAAAUCAUGUUCUUUUACAAGUCACGAAAAUUUGAAAAAAAAAAAUUAUAAUUUCCAAAGUUAUAGCUGUCUGUGUUGACCCAGUUCCAAAAACAGGUCCUUGCGGUGAUAAUCGUAAGUCUUUUGAUAUUCAUUUAAAAUCAAUCGGAUAAAAAAAAAUAGUUUUAUAAAUAGAUAAUCCUGGGCCUGAUCGAAGCUUUAUUUUUUCAAAAAUUAACAAAAUGGCGGCCUCUGGAAAUUUUUUUCUAGAUUUUCGGAAAAAAUCAAUCAUUUGGUGUUACAAAUCGAAAUUUUUGAAUGAAUUUCAUUAAAAUCUACUGAGCGGUUAUCGAGUUACAGUUGUCACUAGUUCAAAAAACAUAGUUUUGAGAUAAACGCAUUUAAAGUUUCACACUAGAUUUAUUUGCUUGCUUGCAGCUGCCGCUAGCUACCCGCUUCCGAUCGUUUUGGAGCGCCCGAGCGAUCUUUGUUAUUUGUAGAAUAACUCGAAAAGUUAUUGUCGGAUCAACUUUAAAUUUUCGGAGAAUAUUUUUAAGAUAUAGAUAGACACUUAACGAAAAGGCAAAAAAAAUUGAUUUUUUGACCCCUAACCCCUUAAAUAUGUAAAGUACGUUUUCAAAAAUCACAUUUAGCUUUGAGUUUUUCGUAUUUAAUCACUAAAAUUUUUAAAAAUAAUAUUUAAAGCGUAUUUUCCAUAACUUCAAAGCAAUAUUAUCGAACUGAGUUACUCUUCCAUACGAACACAUUUUUAAAAUAAAUUUCUUUACUUGAAAACAAUUUCAAACCGCUUAUAUAAUUACAAAUCAGUUGAAAAAAUCGCAUAUCUACCAUGUAAUAAUUUAAUUGUAUUACUACUUAUAAACAAAUUAAAUUACAAUACUUGCAUACAAUACUUUAACGCAUGUCAUUUGGUUUUCAACUUCAGUUACACACAUACAUAUUAUAAUUAAUUUUGAUACAUUUAAUUUUUUCCUUAUUAAAAUAUUUAUAUGCUACAUUAUGACAUAUUUAUAAAAAAGUUCCUUACUCGCAUUGCAGCUCAGAGAGUAGUAGACAUUUUGUAAGUGUAUAACAAAUUUUUUAAUAAAAUUUAAUUAAAUUAAAAAUAUAUAAUUAUAAUAAAUUAAAUGAAAAAAUGAAUUAAAAGAAAUAAUUGCAAUAAAGUGUAAAUUUAAAUUAUUUUUAAAUAAAAAAGCAUGAUUUUUUUAACAACAAUAAACGAUUACAGUAAUUAAAAGUAUAUUUUGCAUACGUGAUUAAUGGUUUGUAAGCAUUACCUUGCUACAAUUAACAUUAAGUGGAAAUAAUUCGAACGUUAGUCAUUAUAAAAAUCAUAUUGUGACACAUAAAAGAUCCAAAAAGCAAAAGAAAAAAACUAGUCUUAAACACAUGUGAAAUUCGAUAGUUGGCUGCGCGUUUUAAUUAUUUCUAUAAAUAAAUAAAAAUAAAAAUAAAAACUAAAUUGAAAAAAAUGCUUUAGUAGUGUUUAUAUGUAUGUGUGUAGGUAGGGUCUGUGCAUGCUACAUAUGCAGUAACAUAAAAAAAAUGUUUCCAACAAUAUUAAAUAAAAAACUAAAAAUAUGCAAAUUAAUUGUUUUUUUUUAUAAUUUAAGCUGUUAUCAUAAUUUAGUAUUAAUAUUUUGUAAGCAUUUACACAAAUAAUGUGUAUAAACUGUAAUGCAAUUAAAUAUGCGCAAGUCGAUUUUAAAUUAUUUAAUAAAAUUAUUAAUUUAAUUAUUAUUAAUUUAAUAAAUUUAUAAUAAAAUAAAUAUUUGUAAAUUUAUACAUAUAAAAAUAUUAAUUAUUGUUUGAGUAAAUAUCUUUUAAGCGCAACUUGUGUAGUAAAUAUCAUACAUUUAAUUGUAAUAAAUAUAAUUUUUUCAAAUUUUCUUAAAUACAGUUUAUAAAAAAAUAAUUUUGAUAUGUAAAUUUUGUAUAAAGUAAACACUUACACAUAAAGAAAUAUAGUUUAGCGCAUACAUUUUGCUAUUACGUUAAGUAAAUUAUAUAAUUAUAUAAUUUUUCAC